GCACCCAUCUCCCGGAAUCACCCACAGUAGCCGUUCACGGCUCUUUGGUGACGGAUCGUGUCCUACAUCAACAGUUUUCUUUAUCCGUUUCGUUUCUUUUGGGGGAAAAAAGAAAACGAGUACAAGUAAGCGGAACUCGUCACCAACUUUGUCGUUUGUUUUUAUUUCAUUUUAAAUGGUUGGUGAGAAACUCGUAUCAAAGUUUGUGAGCUUUUCACGCCCGCCGGUGCCAGUCUGUUUGUGCUCGGCUUAGCUAGCUGCUAGCUAGGACGCGUAGCUUAGCUUACCUCACUCUGGGAUUCAACCUCGAGACAAGUCGGGACGAGACCAGUCUCAGGGUUCACCAUACUCAAUGAGCGGACAGCGCAAUGUCAGAGCGCUCUGGGCAAACUGCAAAGGGGAAGGAAGGCAAAACCAAGUAUGCGUCUCUCAACUUGUUUGAUACAUACAAAGGAAAGAGCCUUGAAACACAAAAGCCUGUUGUCACCCCCCGCCAUGGCCUGCAGUCUCUUGGUAAAGUUGCCGCUGCACGGCGAAUGCCGCCCCCUGCUAACCUGCCCAGUCUAAAGGCAGAGAACAAAGGCAACGAUCCCAACGUCUCGCUCGUUCCCAAAGACGGCACAGGAUGGGCAAGCAAACCGGAACCAGCAGACCCAAAGAGUACCGAUGCAUCGUCAGCACAGCAGCCGGAUUCGCAGCAGUCUGCGGCUUCACAGACACCUGCACCGACCCGCCCGAAAACCCCUCCAGCUUCAGAGGUGCCGGCCCCAGUUUCAACCCAGGCCGUAGGGGCAAGGUCAUGGGCACAAGCCAGUGUUACACAUGGAACACAAGGGGAUGGUGGAAAGGGAUUAAACCUACCAUCGCCAUUCUCUCGCGAGGAAUUUCCUACCCUGCAGGCGGCUGGAGACCAGGACAAAGCUGGCAGAGAACAGGCCACUGCAGAUCAGUGGUAUGGGCCCGGACCAAGCCUCCGCCCCCAGAACGUUACAAGUUGGCGGGAUGGUGGGGGCCGAGCCCUGGCGCCCACCAUGCCUGGGGAGGGGGCAGUCGAGGGUGGCACAGGUGGAGCUCUGGUGAUGGAUGGGGCAGCCGGUGUCCCCCCACAAAACCCCCAGAACCACGGGCCACCUAGGAAUCCUCCUGCAGGCAGUCCCGCCUUGCCCCUGCCCCAACCCCCCGUGGGGCCCGGGUUUCCUCCUUAUCGAGGGAUCAUGCCUCCCUUUAUGUAUUCUCCCUAUCUGCCCUUCCCAGCGGCCCCUUUCGGCCCUCAGGGACCCUACAGGUAUCCGGCACCUGGGGAAGGGCCUGGUCCAAGGUUCCCACGUGGCCCAGGUGGUUCUGACAACCGGAGUCAAGGCAACCCUCGGGAUUUAGGUGGAGAGGUGGUGAAACGGCCCUCCAUCCUGAAACAGGAUGACCUGAAGGAGCUUGAUGAGCUGGACCACGACGGGGAUGAGGGUUGGGCAGGAGCGCAUGAGGAGAUCGAUUACUCUGCAAAGCUGAAGUUCAGCGACGAUGAGGGUGAGGAAGAAGGAGAAGAAGAGAGGACUGAGAGCAAGAAUGACUCGCGGGAGCCACAUAGGUCUCAGGAUGGCGGCCCUGCAGCAUCUUACCCUCAAGCCUCAGAACGUGGUGGUGAUUCCCGCCGCACUCCUCCCUCCAAUGCGGACAAUGGCCACCAACCCCCCUCCAGCAAGCCAGGAUGGGCCGAGGAGGGAGGAGCGAGUUGGGGAAGCCAGGGACCGCCAGCCAAUUAUCAGGGGCGCAGGCCUGGAUUGGGUGGUCCCCGGGAGCAGCCCUCCCCCCCACCAGGGCCGCUCCUUGGACAAGGCGCCUACUGCUUUUAUCGGCAGGAACGCUCAGUUAGUCAGGGUGCACCUCCUGGUCCGGGGAAACCUGCCCAGCAUCAGCCAGCAGGAGGUGGCCCCACCCCUCCUGCCCAGCCAGGAACCCAGGGAGAGGACGAGGACGAAACUUGGCGUCAGCGCAGGAAGCAGUCGUCCUCCGAGAUCUCUGCAGCCGUGGAGCGGGCGCGGCGCCGCCGUGAGGAGGAGGAGCGUAGGAUGGAGGAGGAGCGACGUGCAGCCUGCGCUGAGAAGCUGAAAAGGUUGGACGAGAAGCAGCAACAACAGCAGGGUAGCAGCGCAACGGGUGGCAACAGUAAGCCCCCCAGCCUUGACGGGAACUCUGCAGCUGCGACAGUGGGCAGCCCUAGUCCGUCUGUCUCGGCGUCGUCCCCAAACAUCAGCCAGCCUUCCUCCCCGUGCGUGGACCCCGAAGAGCCUCCAGUUGUCGCAGCCCCACCUGGACCUGGCACUGCGGCACAUGAACGCCAGCGAGCUAGCAGCAACAGCAGCUACGACUCCGGUGCAGAUGCUCAACAAUGUGCUCAAUCGGCUGUGCAAAAGCCCCAGCAGUCCAUCCUCGACGUACCAUUAACAGGGGAGAGCAAGGAAGAGUCCGUGGUCAGUCCUCACGUACGCUCAGCGGGUGUGGCUGAGAGAGGAGUCGACCCUGUGAAAUCUGAGAACAUUGGUGGAGGUGCAGGCCGUCAAACUGGUGGUCCUCCAGGCCAGGGUUACUCAAAGUACCAAAAGUCUCUUCCACCUCGCUUCCAGAGGCAGCAGCAAGAGCAGCUCCUAAAGCAGCAGCAGCAGUGGCAGCAGCAGCAGCAACACAGCCAGGCGUCCCAAAGCCAGCUGUCCCCUCAAACCCAGGCUGCUUCACCGGGUUCGGCCCCCCAACCGGGGCCUGGACCUAAGCAGGGCGGACCUAUGUAUCAGCCCGGCAACAUGGUCCGGCCUCAGCCUUUGCCGUUGAACUUUGACCCUCGCUGGAUGAUGAUGCCCUACAUGGACCCUCGCAUGAUGCAGGGCCGCCCUCCACCCAUGGAGUAUUACUCGGCUGGCAUGCACCCAUCUGGGCUUAUUGGACGAGAGCGGUCAGAUUCAGGAGGAUCCGACCCCUUCGACAGGCAACAACAGCAUCCAGGACAUCAACACCGCGGGACUCCACCUAUGGAUCCUAAACUGGCCUGGGGACCAGAAGUGUUCCCCAGUGGAGGGGAGGGCCGUGGUCUGACCUCUCCUCACAGACAGAAGCAGGCAUUGGAAGAUGAGGAAGUGACCAAGGGGACCAGGAGUGACACGCCUCCACAUCGCCUGCGAGAAGGUGGACUGGCUCCGGUCCAGCAGCCCAGCUCUUCGUCUGGGACCUCUAACCAAACCCCCCCUCCUGCCAGCGCCCAGGGAGGCAGCCACCACGCUCACCACUACAUGAGCGGAAGGGGAAGUUACAGCAACUUCCCCGACCAGGGCGCAAGGAUCCCACCCCAUCAGCAGCAGCAGAGGGGGGAGGAACGGGGAAGCCAGCCGCAAAGCUACACCCAGCAGGAUGACGGGCCUACAAGAGGAUCUCAGCAAGGUCAAAUAUGGGGCGCCACGCACUAUGACCACAACGGUCGAGCCAACGGCCCUUCUGUGGAGAGCAACUCUCACCAUCACCAACAUCAUGGCCACCACCCUCCACAGACUCACUUCCCCCUUCACCCGAAUAAGGCAGAACACGGGCGCGACAGGGCGGGCGAGGUCCCCACUAAGAAGGCCACCUCUUCCCCCCCCUUACACCAGCCUUCUUUGUCGUCUUCUUGCUCCUCUUCGUCCGCAUCUUCUGCAAGGGACGAUGGGAACGCCAAAGCGGCUCAGCAUAAACACCCAGCGCAGCGGGACGGGGACUCCGAGAAACAGAACAACGGCAACUCCGGAAUCAGCCACGUGAAACUGGAGAAGAUGGGCCCUCCUUAUACUCCCCAUCCCUCUGGUCCACUUCUUCCUCAGCCACAGCAACAUCCGAAAGCAAACCAAAGAGGGGGACGGGAGCACAAAACGGAGACCCAGUGGGGGCCAAGGCCUGGAAGCAGCCAUGUGGGUGGGGGGUCAUCUCAUGGUCGCAGAGCCAACAAUGCAGGAGGUGCUAAUAACCACCGCGGGGGGGAGGACAGUACUCCAUCCGACCACAAACCCUCCAACCAGGCCGGAAGCAACAACCCCAACAAGAGGGCUGGUCCAAUCAAAAAGCCAGUGCUGAAGGAGUUCCGGAAGGAACGAGGGGACAGCGACGGUGGAGGAAAAAUAGGCGCAGGCUUCGGAAAAGACAAAGACCAAGAUGGUGGUCAGCCCGCCCCCGGAAAACCGGAAGUCACCUUCCAGAACACCUCAGCCCCCUCGAAAGAUGAGCCCAACCAGGCUAAAAAACCCAGGAACGGAGGAAAAGAACGAUCGUCAGGCGGAGGAGUGCCUGCGAGAGGGCCCAAAGAUGGAGACGCCAUCCCAUCUGCAUUUUUAGGGCCCUCUGCAAAGAAGGACAGAGAUCGCUCCUUUGAACAAGGAGGCGGCAACUUUCACCACGGAAUGUCUGCCAAGAAUGGCAGAGGAGGUCGAGGGCGUGGUGGAGAGUUUUAUGGGCGUGGCCGCGGCUACCGGGGCGCCUUUGCAGCCAGCGCUGGUCCCACCGUUGGCGGUCGGGGCAGAAUGGGAGGCAGAAGCGGUAGAGACUACCGCUCAUCGGUUGUUGUUGGCCACCACCAGGAGCUGAAGGGUGACGGAGCUGCUGGCAGGCAUGUGCAGGAUCGCUCCCAGCACAACCCGGCCAGAGCCAGGAACCGCAGCGAAACGCGGAGCGAGGGCUCGGAAUACGAGGAGAUCCCCAAGAGGAGGAGGGAGAGGGGCUCAGAGACCGGAAGUGAGAGCGGCACCAGCGACCUCGCCCCCUCAGACAAGGAAGACAACAAGAAACGCAACGCCAAGAGCGGCUCUGAAAAUGCUGGCGCCGUGGGAAACGUUUCAUCUGCACCAUCCAGAGGUUCUCAGGCACGUGUCUUCACCCCCAGGGGCGUGCCCUCUAGGAGGGGAAGAGGAGGGGGAGGUGGUGGAGGAGGAGGGAACAUGUACAGAAACAGUGGCAACCUCGGAGGACCAGCUGGAGGAAAUCGAGUCGGACCGGGGCCGGGUCCUAACGGCGGGUCUACCAAGUCGUCAAAUUUAGGCCGAAAACAGCAAGGCCCGCCCCCCAUUCCUGCGCCUAAAGACUCGGGCCGGGGGGGGAGUGCAGGGGAGAAAAAGGAAAAGGUAGCUGAUGGAGGUCCAGCUCACAAUCAGGGGACCAACCCCCCUCAGGCAUCUGUACCGGCCCCCGCACCUCAGAGUUCCACUGAAAACGGAGGGGUCCUAACCAAAAACGCUUCCGGCAACUCUGCCCCCAGCCCCCUCGGAGGGCUGAACGCUCCCCCUCUCGCUAACAACCGUGGAGUUGAGCGACCCCCCAGACGUCGGCGUCACGGACGUUCUCAACACCAGCAGGACAAGCCCCCCCGCUUCCGCAAACUGAAGGAGAGGGAGAACGCCGCCCGCAUCAAUGGCGGCGUUGGGGUCAUCAGCGGGGGGAGGUCGUUGUCUCCUUCCCUGAAUUCAGUGCAGGACGGCAGCGAAGCUCAAGUCCCGCCUUCCGUUACAGGAAACGCCCAAAAUGCCACCCAGAGCACCACACUAACCACCAACAGUAACAGCGGCGGCGGCGGCCACCUCAACAAUGCAAACAGCCACCACCAUCACCACUACAACCAGAGCAGCGCAGGUCCAACUCACCCCCAGCACCACCACAACCACGGCGCCAAGUCUCCCGAUUUCACCAACCAGAACUCCGACCAGGCCAACGAGGAGUGGGAGACCGCCUCCGAGAGCAGUGACUUCACGGAGUUCAGAGACAGGGAGGGCGGAGGGGGAGGGAAGCAUUACCACCACCACCCCGGCGGCAGAGGAGGUGGCGUCGCCGGAGACCUCAUCGAGCGUGACGUGACGGGCAAAGAGCCCAACAAACGAAGCUUCUCCAGCCAGCGUCCCGGGAUGGACCGCCAGCACCGGAGGGUCAACGCUGGAGGAGGAGGAGGAGGCAGAGGCCCCCGCGGCCCACCCGGCGGCGGCCCCGGGGGGCAAGGAAACGGAGGCGGCAAUCGCGGAGAGAGGCGCGGCAACUGGCCUUCUCCAAAAAACAGGAAGUGAUUUGAUUGGAGUAUUAAAGAUUUUAGUAAAAAACCCACCCACUUUGUUCCCGCCAUCUCCCCUGUUUUUCUCUUUUGAUCAUUAUGUCAUGGCUUAUCCGUUUGCAUUUACAUCGUUAGUGCAUCACCGUAUAAGGAGAUGGUAUUCACUCCAGUGCCCCCCAUCCUAGUCACCCCCCCCUGCAUUAUGUAUUCUGUACCGUCCGUUAUUAUAAAUGUACGUCUGUUUAUUUAUGCCCCCUUUUUUUUAAAUGUUGCAUCAGGAAACGGCCCCCGUUCCCAUCAGACUUGCAUGUGGUUGUGUAAUGCAGGUGCACGUUUUGUUCUGAGAGACACAAUGCUCCCACACACACACACACACACACACACACACCUGCAUUUACAAGCACAAAAGCGUGAGAUGCGUCAGAAUCGGGGCUGACUUUUAUAUUUGUGUAUACUUCUCUCACACUUAGGCCUUGGGUGAUGUUCAGUAGUGGAGCCGCGCGCUUUCCCUCACCACGGGAAGAAAUCCCGCAGCUUCAUCCUUUUAGCGAUAUCAUACCUGAAGAUAUUUGGUUUGUGUGAUCUUUUGUUGUUGUUGUUGAAUUUUUAAUCCUUUAAGAAAGGCUAGGGAGUGUGUGUACGCAUGUGCGAUUGUGUGGGUUUUUUUCCCGUCAUUUUUUUUUUGUAUAUUUCUCUCGUUAUGGUCUCCUGCAGCGAGUAUAAUUACUGUGAGAAGACCCAUGGAAGUACCGCAGCUCAGUUCUCACCUGUCUGUAACUUCAGCUCAUAAAGACUGACUCGUUUUUUCCCCCCACCCAAAAUUUCUUAUCCUUUACUGACUCUUCUUUAGGUUUUGGUUGCUCCUCGUGUAGGAAGAAAGGCUUUUGAGGCCUCAUCGUAGCAUCUUCCCUCCUUGCAGAGCCAGAAAUCCCAGGAAUAAUGGCUUCGAUAGUGUGAUUUAUUUUAAAGUUCUUUAAAAGCCUCCCGUUUUCUGUGGCGACAGUCCAUUUCAAAUCAAAGUUUGUUUUUGUUGAAUAAAAUUGAGUCUGAUAAUGAAGGUCCUGAUUUACCUUUUUUAUUUUCUUUUUUUAGAAUGCAUCGUUAGUAAUUGAGUAUGUUAUAAUAAGCACUCCUUGUUGGUAUAUCAAACAUUUUUGGUGGUUUUGAGACGUGCUGCAACAGGAAGGGUGCUCUGUUUGGGCCCAGAGUACAUCAUCAGUGUUGUUCCUUUGUUCACCCCCCCCCCCCCCCCCCCCCCCCCCCUUGCUGUCAGGCGUGGGCGGCACCCUGGCAGCACUGUAGGGCGACUUCCUCACACCAAGAAGGACUCGCCGUUGAGGAAGCGUGGAUGAACGCAGGACAGCCUAACGUUUCAAAACGAUGCCGAAUCGACAUUCUGCGGUUUACACGGUUUCUGAGAUUUGACUGGCAACACACACAAAAAAAAUCUGACUGGGAAGGAAAAAAAAAGCAUCGCAUGGAUGUCGAUGAUCUUUCUAAGCAGUUUGUAUCACAAUGAAAUAAGAACUUUCAACGGCAUCCGAGGUGGAAAUAGAUCUUUUUUUUUUCUCCUGCGUCAAUUCUGUCACUGCUGUAAGUUGGGGUUUGUUUACUGACAACAAUUUGAAGAUUGUCUCUGGGAUGUUGCGAGUAGGGCAUUCGAUGAUUUCUGUAUGUUUGUGUUAACGUGGAUGUGUGUUUUCUGGUGUCUGUUGUAGCUCGGGAAGGGGGUGGGGACCAGAGGAUUUAACAUUAAAAAGAAAAACGGCAAGCACUUUCUGCCUUGUUUGCCCGCGUGUGAUCGAACUAAUAUAAUUAAGACAAUUCUACUGUUUCUUAAAUACAUUCACGUGUAUACAUUCAGCUGUGUGUAUAUGUUCAUCAUCCAAAUGAGAAACCUGCAGUGGAGAACUUCUUUUGUGUAAAUUAAGUAUAGAUUCUUCAGCAGGCAAAUGAAGUUGGACUUAUUCUUUUUGUUUUUCCCACUAUGACUUCUUAGCAUGAUCACACCCAUGGGUGCAGCUUGCAUUGCCUGUUACUGGUUGAUACAUUGAUAGCUUUACACUGGACUCCGGCUCAAGGAGUCCUCCACCUCUCCUCAAGUUUGAUGUGUGCAUUCAUGUAUGUACCCAUGUUAAAAGAUGAACACAAGUAGUGUAUCACAGCAGAAUCUCUCAACGAUUGUAUUACAUUUCCAGCAUUACUGAGGUACCUGGAGUGGUUCAGUUUUUAGCAUUUAUGGUUUUAGUAACGGAACCGUAAUAUACACACAUGUAUGUAUAUUGGUAUGUAUCUAAGGUUUGUCUACCCCAACUUACAUUCCCACAAACAAAUGUUGCCAUUUUUAGUUCAAGGGAGCAAUGUACAAGCAGAGAAGUGUCUUAUAAUAAAGUUAUACAAAGAAGGCAAAGUUAAAUAAACUACUUUGAUUUAAUGGAAA